GUAGUACACUGGCUGUGACAAAAAAUAGCCCAAUGGGCUGACUGACCGGGAUCAAUCCAAGACUGACUACGCAUCAAGUGAGCGCUUUACCACAGGGCUAUGUCUCGCGUCUUAUUGUUUGGAAAACUACAACCGAAAGGGGCAGCUGAAGCCAGUUUGAUCAGCAAUGAUUGGUAAAGUUAUCUUCAUCAGUGUGUUGGUUCUUGUGCUGCAGCAUAUCUUCACUGUCGUGCAUUUCUUUGGUGUCUUGACGACUGUGUACACCCAUUACCCUGGGGAGUGCAGACAGAUACCUGGUAUCGAUAUUGGUGCCGAAGACUUCCACACACUUAAGAAUGGGUUGACCUUUAUAACUACGGGAUUCCGUUUCCAAGAGCACUCAGCCGAGGCGGAGAAGUAUUUCAAGGAGGCGAACCGGAAAGGCCGGAUGUAUUUGUUCGACUUCAACCACCCCGAGAAGAACGUGGUGGAGCUGAUACUGACAUCGACGAAAGUCUUCAACCGAGAAACUUUCAGCCCUCACGGACUGUCUGCCUGGGAAGAUAAAAAAACAAAACGGGUCUUUCUCUUUGUUGUGAGUCAUCGACAUGGCCAAGGCGACAGUAUUGAGAAGUUCCUGUACGUGGCUGACAAACAGAGACUCCACCAUGUGAAGACAUACGAAGGAAGUGAUUCAUUCAAAUUCCUGAAUGAUGUUGCGGCGACUGGCGAGAACAGUUUUUAUUUCACAAACUACCUGUGCUGGACAUCGCGCCCACUAAUGAUGGUUCAGUAUUUUUUCUUGAUUCGCUGUUCCGAUGUCGUGUACUACGAUGGGUCGACCUACCAAAGUGUUUCUGGCCGACUGGGCGGUGCAAAUGGAAUUUCUUUAUCUAACGAUGGAAAAUUUGUUUAUGUGUCUGCCGUCUUUGAGAAAGAAAUCAAAGUUUACAAGAGGGAGACCAAUGGUGCACUAACUUUGGCACAGUCUUGGUCAUUUGGUACUGCUGUUGACAACAUGGCGGUUCACCCGGAAACGGGGGACGUGUAUUGUGCGGCACAUCCAAUCCCGUACAAAUUCCUGGAACAUGACGACAAUCCCCGCGUGAAGAGAUCGCCAUCUCAGGUUCUACAGCUGAAGGUAAAGGGAGACAAUCUAACGUCAGUUCAGGAGUUGUUCGUGGACGCGACGGGAGACUUGAUAUCGGGAUCAUCCACGGCUCUCGUCUACAAGAACAAAUUGCUCAUCGGCUCCGUGCUGCACAAACUCGUUCUCUGUGACGUCAAUAUUCCUUUGUAAUUUCCUCCAAUAAAAUAGAACCUUUUUUUUAUUUUAUUAAAUAACAUAAUUAUGACCUGACAAUUAAACUGACUAAUGAAAAUGACCCCAAAUCAGGUAAUUGGUGGGGAGAGGAUUUUUAUAAUUUGAAACAAUGAAAAAUUUGGUAGUUAUUAGACAUUUUGAAAAAUCCUGCAUCAGCCCUUGAACACAAGUGUAUGCUCAUACAUGUUUAUAUUGAUAUCUUGAUAUGGUUUGAUAAUGCACAUGUCCGUAGAUAACUGGCUCCAUGACGUAGUACUGUUAGAUUUACAUACUCAAUCAUUGGUGUAUUUAUUUUAUUCUUUUAGAUGUCUUCACUAGUCAUAUAAUACAUAUUUUUGUAGUGUUUUUUUUUUUUUAAUUAUGUUACAUUAUACAAUUUUAAUACCUUGGAAUAGUCGAGAUAAUUUUAAACUCUAGAUAACAAACAUAAAUAUUUUUAUGCUUUAUAAAAAAGUAGAGGAGCUGAAAUGUGUAUUGAAACUGAUAGAACUGUACUCGCUGACCAUGACACUUUAAUAUUACUCAAAUUAUAAGAGAUGGAAUUUAUUUUAUUUAUGUUGUGCUAGCACUAUAUAAGUAUGAAUAAUAAUGAAAAUUAGAAACAAAUUUUCUAAUUUAUUAAAAAUUUUACAUUUGGUAGAUCACUUAUCUUACAUUUUUACCAUGACAGUUUAAUAUUGCUCAAAUUACAAGAGGCUAUAUCUUUCUUUUUAAAAAAAAAAAAUGUUGGGGGGGGUGGGGGUAAGGAUCUUGGUUGCCUGAGGUGCUUGGGUUGGAGGAUCGAACCUCCUUGGUGGAUCUAUUCUGUGAUUUGUUUCCCCCCCAUCUCAAGUGCCCUACGACUGGUGUAUUAAACACUUUGGUAUGUGCUGUCCUGUUGAAAUGUCAGGGUCGUACCCUCCGGGGGGCAGGGGAGGCAGU